AUUAAUGAGGUAAGAUGGUGUCUCUAACAGUAAUGGGGAGAUUAGGUACAUUGAGGUCACAAGUCGUUCUGUCACAAGUUACUCUAUUACAAGGACGUUGGUUCUCUUCAUUACCGUCUUCUGGUGGUACUGUGAAUAUAUUUGAUCGUAAUGCUAAGAGGAUACAGAGGAACAGGGCAGCAUCGUUGCCUGAUCCUGGACUCUAUGAUUAUCUUAAAGAUGCUGUAGCUGCUAUAGUUGUUGAUAGAGCUUGUGAUGUUGCUAGACAGUUUCCCUCAGCAUUAGAUGUUGGAUGUGGUAGAGGUCACAUUGCCAGACAUAUGGACAGUGAUAUCAUUAAGACUCUAGUACAGUGUGACUAUUCAGAUGGACCACUAUCACAAAGUUCUGCUCCUCCUGAUGUGCCUACUUAUCGUGUAGUGGCAGAUGAAGAAUUUUUACCAUUUAAGGACAAUCAGUUUGAGCUGGUAACUAGCAGCUGCAGUUUGCACUGGGUCAAUGACUUACCCAGGGCUUUCACUGAAAUACAGAGAGUCUUAAAGCCUGAUGGCUGCCUGAUUGGUGCAAUGUUUUCUGGUGACACACUCUUUGAGUUGAGGUGCUCAUUACAAAUUGCACAAGAAGAGAAUGAAGGAGGACUCUCACCUCAUGUCUCGCCAUUUGUAGAAUUAAGUGAUAUAGGUGGCGUAUUAACAAGAUCAGGAUUUGUAAUGACCACUUUGGAUGUUGAUGAAAUAGUAGUCAAUUAUCCUGGUAUCAAUGAACUUAUGCAUGACCUUAAAGGUAUGGGGGAGAACAAUGCCGUCAAACACAGGCCAAACUAUAUCAGAAGAACAACACUCAAAAGAGCAGCUGAAAUAUACAAGAAAGAUUAUGGCAAUGAAGAUGGAAGUGUACCAGCAACAUUUCAGUUAUUGUAUUUCAUAGGAUGGAAGCCAGACCCUUCACAAGUGGGUCCUGCUAAUCGUGGCUCAGCGACCGUCUCAAUGAAGGAGCUGAGCAAUGUUAUGCUUGACUCAAAUAGUGAUAAAAAAGGAAAAUGAAUUAUGAUGAUAAUUAUUUAUUAUAUCAUGUCACACGUACAUAACGCUAUAUAUUAAUGUGCAUGAUCAAUGCCUUUGAGAUAUGCAUAUAUAAUAUGACGUUUUAUUUUAUUUCAAUAAUUCAUGGUUGGCAUAA